GAGUUGCAGUAGCUUUCUAGUUCUUUUUAUUUUUAUUUUUUAUUGUCCUUUUAUGAUCAGUGUCUAUAUAUACACACUCAUUUACUUAGAGAUUCGAUAUAGCUAGCUAGCUAAAGGAGAUACAUAUCGAACGUUCAGCGUACAUUCAUCUUAGCAAAUGGGGUCCUUACAAGGAACAAUCUCAUCGGGGCCAUGGGGAGGCCCAGGUGGUAAUCCCUGGAGUUUCCAGGGACGCAGUGGAAUAUCCAGAAUUACAAUCCAGGAAAGAAUUAAUAUCAAGUCCAUCUCCUUUUUAGAUGCCAACGGCAAUCAAUCUGGCAUAUUCGGGGGCAUGGACCCUAAUGAUUAUCUUGGCGAUGAGAGAGUGAUUGAUAUCAAUUGGCCUUCAGAGUAUUUGAUAUCUAUAUCUGGCACAUAUGGCAUUUACAAAGGACUGUUAGUGAUCCUGUCAUUAUCGUUCAAAACAAAUCUCACUUCACAUGGACCUUUUGGAACCAAUUCUGGUGAGUCUUUCUCAAACCCCAUCUCAGAUGGUGUCAUCGCUGGAUUUCAUGGAAGAGGCGGCUACUACCUUGAUGCUAUUGGCAUUUUUGUGCAACCGGGAGAUUCAACAGGAAGUGUUUCAUUUGGGCAGUGGGGGGGUCCUGGUGGUAACCCUUUUACUUUCAAGGUCGGAAGUUGGAUAAAAGAGAUAAAUAUUCUUGAUCGAUCCAUAAUCAGCUCCAUCUCUUUCCGAGACUCUAAUGACCACGAGUAUGGAACAUUCGGUGGCAACGAUCCCAACAACAUUGGUGAAAUGAAAACUAUCAAGAUCGAUGGGCCUUUAGAGUUUUUGACAUCCAUAGAUGGGACAUAUGGAUAUUUCAAUGGAUUAUUAGUGAUCACAUCACUAUCAUUUAUUACCAAUCUUACUACACAUGGGCCUAUUGGUACUGCUAGUGGCACUUCUUUCUCCAUCCCGAUAGAAAGUAGUUACAUCAUUGGAUUUCACGGGAAGGCAGGCUACUACCUUGAUUCAAUUGGCAUACAUGUCAAGCCACGGGGGCACAUGGAAGGAAUCAUUUCUUUGGGGCCAUGGGGUGGUCAAGGUGGGAAUCCAUGGAGUUAUACAACACAUAAUGGGAUAUAUGAGAUAAUCAUCUAUGAAGGGUUGAACAUCAAGUCCAUAUCUUUCAAAGACACUACCGGCCUGACUUCGAAAACUUUCGGCGGCAAUAAUCCUCAAGACCUUGGUGAAAGAAAAAUGAUUCAUUUUGCCUGGCCUUCUGAACAUCUGGUGUUGAUAAGCGGGACAUAUGGAAACUUCGCCAAUCUUGUGACGAUUAAAUCACUAUCGUUUGUUACAAAUAGGAAUACAUAUGGACCUUUUGGAACUACUUCCGCUUCUGAUACCUCUUUCUCUAUCCCGAUAGACAAUAGUACGAUCAUCGGGUUCCAUGGAAGAGCCGGCCACUACCUUGAUAAUAUUGGCAUAUAUGUGAAACCAGCAACCUCAAUAUAAAUAAUAUUUGUGCCUGAAGAAGUUACUAGAUUAAUGCAAUAAGAAUUUAGAAUAUCUUUCCAUGGCAAAACUUCUGUUGGGGUGAUCUCUCUGUAAUAUUAUUACUACUAUGAAUAAAAUAUGAAUGACUAUAUAUAUUACUUGUCAA